UGUUGCACAAAAAUGGCUACAAGAUGCCUUCAAAUGCUAGCUGUUACCAGAAGAUUUGCUGACGAAAGGAAGGAAGAAGAUAAGAUGCCUUCAAAAUUUCUCACUGUCCAUCUUUAUUUCUUUUCAGAUUCCCAGAUUUCUUCUGCAACCAAAACAUCUUUUGAACAGUACUGUAAGUUAAUAUCUCUGAAAAAAUUGAUACAAAAAGAUUUGCUUACGAGAGGAAGGAAGAAGAUAAGAUGCCUUAAAAAUUCACCCUGCUAUAUAUCUAUGCACAAAGGCAAAUUCUACUUUGGUCUUAGAAGAUUACAGACAUCCUACCCAUUUGAUGAUUUACUUGAGUGGUCCGCCUCCUCACAAUUGGAUUUGCUUGGAGCAAAAUUGUCCAUUCCAACUCCCGGAGAAAGCCGUGCAUCCAAUUUACUCGCAAAUUCAGUAUUCACCAUAAAUUGUGUGCAGUUCAUCACAUUAUGGUGUUCUGUGGCUGCAUUGCCAUGCCAAGGCCGCCGCCUUGAAACUCGCUUUUUUCCUGAGGGUUCAAUGGAGGAGUAUACUUGGUAUAAACCUUUGGGUUUAAUCUGGAAUAGGAUAAAUGUGGCAGGAUGUAAUGUGGAGAAUCUGACUUGUAGCGGAUUAUUAACGGAGGUUUGUCAAAUCGAGAGAUAUGCCAGAGAGAUUCCUGAUCUAGAUGAGUAUUGGCAAUCAAGUGAAAGGAGAGCACAACUGAGUCAGAUGGAGGAGGAGAUACGGAGAAAUACUUCGUACUCUGGGAAAUAAUGAAAGUGGAUUACUGAAAGAUCUUGGUGAGGAUCUGAAGGAUGUGCCGAAUAAGUUUCACAGCAGGCGGGUGGAGAUUACAUUAUUAGUUGCCAGAUAGAAAUUUUUAGAAAAGAAAAGAAUGCAGAUAAAGAUGGGGAUAUGCAAAGAUCGAGUUUCAAAAAAGAGCUGACAGAGCAUGAAGAUGAAGAUUAUGAUUUUCUAGUUUGUUGUUGUUCUUCUUCUUUAAGUUAAAUAUUUGGUUCUGUAUUUUUAAUUUAGUCUCUUUUGAACUAGAGAGUCCAGAAUAUUUUAGCAAUGUAGUAGUUGGAUUGAA